AUGCGCCACAGGUGGGCUGUAGUGAACAAGAGAAGGCGUGCUUUUGGGAAGAUCUGGCGCAGUACGUCUAAUCCCUGGAAGGAAGCACUUCUAAUCGGAAGAGACUUCAACGGACAUGUCGGUUCUCGGAAAGACGGGUUCGAGAGUUGUCACAGAGGAUACGGUUAUGGAACUCGUAACGACGACGGGUUGCGAAUCCUGGAGUACGUUGUUGCAAGUGACCUGAUCAUUGCUAACACGCAGUAUCGGAAAAGAAAAUCGCAUUUGAUCAGCUACACCAGCGGUGGUCGUGAAACACAAAUAGUUUUCUGGAUGUUACGCCGACGAGAUCGCCGACUUCUGCAGGAUUCAAAAGUCACCCCUACAGACUAUGUCGCUGCCCAACAUCAUUUGCUCGUCAUGGACUUGAAAAUCCCCCAUCCAAGAAAGAGACAUCCAAGGACUGAAAUACAGCGCAUCAAACAGUGGAAUCGGAAGGAUCGAAAGAACGUAUUUAAGAACGUCCGUGGCUCCAUCUACACUUUCCCAUCCUCCUUGUAG